AUGGCAUCCUUCUUCGAUUCGACCUACUGGAGGGAGAGACUCAACACAAUCACCAAUCUCUUCAACGACGAAAGAAACCAUGAAUGUAUCGCAGAGCUGGACUUUAUGUUGAAUUAUAUCGAGCUUCCACCUCUUUACCGUAUUCAUGCCCACGCCCUCUAUGCUGCGGCCCUAUACGACUGGUAUCAAGCUGAGGAUGAGCGUGCUCGCGCUGAGUCUGUCUAUGCUGAUACUAGUACGAAAUGGCCUCUAGGCGAGAACGAAAAGACGGAUGAACUUCUUGACAAAGCACGUCGAAUUCUAGAUGGGAACCCAUUCACGAGAUCGACCCUCGAUGGCUUGUAA